CCCCACAUUUUUUUUUCAAGGGACUCUAGAUGUCCAAAGUCUUUAUCAAUACGGAGUGUGCACUAAUAUCUAUGAAGUGGUGUGCUUCGGCGCAAGAGACUGUGACGUGUUGCUUGUGGUCGGGAAAAUAGCAAAAUGGAAUCAGAGUGGGAGCGAUGUAUCUUGAUUUGAGAUGUUGACAAAGUAAACGCCACUGUAUCAUCAUGGCAACAAAAAUCUCAACUCGAGCUCAUCCUUCUUAUUGAAGCCUGUCCGUACGGAGUCACCUUCCUUCAUCGUCCCGUCCCAUUUACUAAAUCGACGACGACGUCCCGUAAAAGAAAAGUAAGUCAAACCACGAUGCCGCCGGCCACCACCACCGCCGUCCUCUUCCUCCUCCUCCUCGCCGCGGCCGCCGCGGCCUUCCCGGACCGCUUCCACAAGCCGGCCUCCCACUCCCGCUCCCGCUCCCGCUCGCCGCAGCAGUACGUCGAGCUGACCCGGCCCCUCCCCUACACCCUCCUCCCGCCGGCGUGCACCCACCGCAUCGUCACCCACUCCUUCGCCGACACCCUCGGCUCCCCUCCCUUCACCGCCCCCUACUCCCCGCCCCCGCCCUCCUCCCUCUGCCCCUCCCCGCCCUGGUCCUCCGUCGCCCUCGAGCUCUCCGCCUCCUCCCGCGGCGACCAGUACGACCGCAUCGCCGCCCUCUGGCUCGGCGGCGUCGAGCUCCUCCGCACCAGCACCGCCGAGCCCAACGACGACGGCGUCUUCUGGAAGGUCCGCAAGGACGUCACCCGCUACUCCUCCCUCCUGUCCCGCUCCGGCAUCGAGGUCUCCAUGAUGCUGGAGAACAUCGUCAACGACGAGUUCACCGGAAUCUACCACGUCAACGUCACUCUCCUGUUCUACUCUUCCGUGGGAAGCGGCGCUGGACCGAGGGUUCCGGCGAGUCAGCUCUCCUCGAUCUCGAAAUUGGGGCUCGGAUCGGAGGAAUUGGGUGGAAAUAGCGUCAAUUCAGCUACUCUCGGAGCGGCGGCGUGGGAUUACAAUCCGCCGCCGGCCGAUCUGAUCUUGUCCGUGUCGGACGACGGAGAUAGAGGCUCUUGGUACUGGAUCGAGAGGGGGUUGGACCUGCGAUCGAAGAAAAUCAUCAUCCCGGCGAACACGGUGCGCGCGGUGCUCGAGCUGUGCGUGUCGUUCCACGGGAACGACGAGUUCUGGUACUCCAACCCUCCCGAUUCGUACCUCCGGGAGAACAACCUGACGACCGGCCGCGGCAACGGAGCUUACCGGGAGGUCCUGGUGAUGAUCGACGGGACCUUGGUCGGCUCCGAGGUCCCGUUCCCGGUCGUGUUCACCGGCGGCAUCAAUCCCCUGUUCUGGGAGCCCAUCGUCGCGAUCGGCGCGUUCAUCCUCCCGUCCUACGACAUCGAGCUGACGCCCUUCCUCGGGACGCUUUUGGAUUGCAAGCCGCACGAAUUCGCGAUCGGGGUCGCGAACGGGAUCUCGUAUUGGCUCGUCAACGCGAACCUGCACCUGUGGCUGGAUCACGGCUCCAAGAGGGUUCAAGCCAAGUCCGCGGCGAUCGCCCCUACCGUGCACCAUGUGGAGCGCGAAUCGGAGUUCCGGCAGCUGGACGGAUCGUUCAAGGUGAAGGCGAAGAGGAAGGAGCGGUUCGUCGGGUGGGUCAAGUCGAGCGCCGGGAACUUCACCACGAUAGUGUCGACGGGCUACAAAGUCAAGAACUCGAUCAGCUUCACCGGCAACGGAACCUACAAGCUCAUGAAGCAGAAGAUGAAGGCGAAGAGAGAGGUCACGACCGAGAACGAAGCCGGCGUCCCGGUCGCCCGCACCUUCGUCAAGAGGAGCUACCCGCUUCGCGUGAUCACCUCGACUCUCCCGGGGUCUAAGAAGGACACAUACGUGCUCGUGACCAACGUCUCGCACUCGCAGUUGGAGAGGUGGUCCUACGGGGAUCAAUCGGGCUCGGUUCGCAACUCGCAGGAUUCCAGGGGCUGGAUGGAGGUGAAGGAUCACGACGUCCUCUCCGGCACGGCCGAGACGAAGCAGAGCUACAACUACGCAGAUGAAUUCAUCUGCUACUUGAGGAGGGCGGAAGCCGCCGACGGCAAGCUUGUCGGAGAUAAUUCGUGGUUCUCUCGUGGGUGCUUGUCGUGACCAUUGUUCGUUAUUCCGCACUGUCGUGUCCUCCCUAGGUUUUGCAUAAGUUGAAUGCGUACUUUUAGUCUGGUUUGUGUAUAUAAAUUAAAGCCUUUCGGGAUGAUUAUAAUUCAAUCGACUAGCUAAACACAAGAGAAUUAUAUUCA